ACACACUCAAAAAACCUCUCAAAUUAAUAACAAUGGACUCCUUUCUCUCCCUUCUCAUUGCUCUCUCUCUCUCCACCAUCACCUUCCUCCUCUUCCGAACAACCACCGCCGUCAGCCGUCGGAAAGUUCGUCUUCCGCCGGGAAACGUGGGUUUACCAUUGAUCGGAGAGACGCUGCAGCUGAUAUCCGCUUACAAAACCGAGAACCCGGAACCGUUUAUCGAUUCACGGGUGGCAAGAUACGGGAGCGUGUUCACGACACACGUGUUCGGCGAGCGGACCGUGUUUUGUACUGACCCAGAAACGAACCGGUUCAUUUUGCAAAACGAGGGAAGGUUGUUCGAGUCGAGUUACCCCGGUUCGAUAUUUAACUUGGUUGGGAGGCACUCUUUGUUGUUCAUGAGAGGACCGCUUCAUAGGAGAAUGCAUUCUUUGACUAUGAGUUUUGCCAACUCCACAAUCAUUAAGGACCAUUUGUUGGUCGAUAUAGACCGGUUGGUCCGACUCAACCUACAAUCUUGGACCGGACGGAUUCUACUCUUGGAGGAAGCCAAGAAGAUAACCUUCGAGUUAACGUUGAAGCAACUGUUGAGCAUCGAACCAUGUGAGUGGACAGAGAAUUUAAGGAAGAUAUACAUGCGAGUCAUUGAAGGCUUCUUUUGCAUUCCGAUUCCGAUCUUCUCCCUCACUUAUCGUCGUGCAUUACAGGCAAGGAGAAGGGUGGCGGAGGCGUUGAGUUUGGUGGUGAAGGAGAGGCGAAGGGAAUGGGAAAUGGGGAUGAAGAAGAAUGAUAUGCUGACGGCGUUAUUCGACAGUGGUGGUGGUGGAAUUGGGUUUUCCGAUGAUGAAAUUGUGGAUUUCUUGGUGUCUCUAUUGGUGGCAGGCUACGACACGACGUCAACCACCAUGACUCUGGCCGUUAAAUUCCUCACCGACACACCCAUUGCGCUUGCUCACCUCAAGGAGGAACAUGAUGAAAUCAGGGCGAAAAAGGCUACUUCUAUGGCUCUCGAGUGGGAAGACUACAAAUCCAUGCCGUUCACACAAUGCGUCAUUAAUGAAACGUUGAGAGUCUCCAACAUAAUUGGUGGCCUAUUCAGGAGGGCAAUGACUGAUGUUGAUAUCAAAGGUUAUACAAUCCCAAGAGGAUCGAAAGUGUUUACCUCACUCCGGGCCGUCCAUCUUGAUCAAGACAAUUUUAAAGAUGCUCGUGUUUUCGAUCCUUGGAGAUGGCAGAAAACGUCAGACCCAACAACCUUUAUGCCAUUUGGAGGGGGACCUAGGAGAUGCCCGGGGUACGAGCUAGCCAGAGUCGCACUGUCUGUGUUCCUUCACCAUCUCGUUACUCGAUUUAGUUGGGAGCCUGCUGAAGAAGAUAAGUUGGUGUUCUUCCCUACGACAAGGACUCAGAAACGAUAUCCCAUCAUCGUGCGACAUCGUAGUAACGUAGCCGAGCCCGAGCAAUGUAGAGAAUAGAGAGGAAAUCUCUAUAUAGUUUUGGAAAUUUUAAGAUGCAAGAAUAUGUAAUGAAAAUUGUAGUUCCAUACGACGUAUUC